CAGAAGGAGAAGAAGAAGCUCUCCAGUGUCGCUGCCGCCGCUCCUGCGCCGCCAUCAUGGACACCAGCCGCGUGCAGCCCAUCAAACUGGCCCGGGUCACCAAGGUGCUGGGCCGGACCGGCUCGCAGGGACAGUGCACGCAGGUGCGCGUGGAGUUCAUGGAUGACACCAGCCGCUCCAUCAUCCGCAAUGUCAAGGGCCCCGUGCGGGAGGGCGACGUGCUCACGCUGCUGGAGUCAGAGCGGGAGGCCCGCAGGCUGCGCUAUCCCAUGCCCCCCCCACCGCUUCCAGGUCCCGGAUGUCGGCUCCACCACCCAGCCCUCGCCAGGAUGGCCGGCCACUGUUAAUAAAGCAUUUGUAUUGA